AUGGCUUUGCAGGCACCAAGUCUUCACUGCGCUCCCACCGUGAAUGGUGGCCUGCGACGACCCUCCAUGAACCCUUUUGCUCUCAAGUCUUCCUUCUUCUCUGGUUCACUCAACCUUUAUCUUCAUCCCACUCACCACCACCUCACUUCAGCACCACCCAGGAUUUCCAUGCGCACCGCUUCCAAACAGGCCUAUAUCUGUCGCGAUUGCGGGUAUAUUUACAAUGACAGGACUCCCUUUGAAAAGUUGCCUGAUAACUACUUCUGCCCUGUUUGUGGUGCUCCAAAAAGAAGAUUUAGGACCUAUUCACCAGCUGUCAGUAAAGAUGCCAAUAGCACAGCAGUUAGAAAGGCACGAAAAGCUGAACUACAGAAAGAUGAAGCAGUUGGGAAAGCACUUCCUAUAGCAAUUGUGGUGGGAAUUGCAGUGCUUGCUGGAUUAUAUUUCUAUCUGAAUGCCCAAUACUAG